CUAUGCACAUGUGAGAGCGCGAUGAAGCGAAAGCAGUGGUGAUCAAAACUUUCAAGAUAUCGGAUUUAUCAUCAGUUUAAAAGCAAAUCAGACAUGAAGAAGAAACAGACAGUCGCAGAGGACCCAGCAGAGAUGGCUGCCUCAGACUCAUCUCAUGAGGAGGAGGAAGGUGAGGCUCCCAUGAAAACCAAGAGGAGCAAACCUGACGAAGCUGGAGAGGGAGAGGUGGUCUGUCGCCCCGUGAAGCUGUCUCGGAAUGAUCUGUACAGACCUCCCACUGUAGAGGAGCUAAACCAGCUGAAAGAGGCCGAAAGUCUGUUUCACUGCAGCCUGCUCAAAAUGCAGAUGGAAGAGUUGCUGAAAGAGGUCGCCCUGAGUGAGCAUAGGAAACAGCAAAUAGAUUCCUUCAUUCAGACCGUCACCAAGCUGCUCCAGGCUGUGCCAGAUUCACCAGAAGUGGAGGUAAGCGACCUGUCAUGGCUGUCUAGUGCAGUUAAGAUCCCUUUCCUCCUGGUGCCCAAAACGACAAAAGGCAAGUUCCACAUGGCACCUCCUGCUUCUGUUGAUCUGAUUGGCAGCUACCCCCUGGGCACCUGCACUAAACCACGCAUCAUGGUAGACCUGGCUGUCACGAUCCCAGCUGAUGUCCUCCACCCAAAGGAUGUUGUGAACCAGAGGUAUCCGAGAAAAAGAGCUCUCUACCUGGCAGGCUUGGCCCAGUAUCUUACAUCCUCCUCUGAUAUUGGAACCAUGCGCUAUUCCUGUCUCCAUGGGAAUCGACUCCGUCCCCUUCUACUGCUGACCCCUCCAGACACUUCCAGCUUCACCGUGCGUGUUCAUGUGUGUCCACCUCCUGGGUUCUUCAAGCCCAGCCGUUUCCACCCCCAGAGGAAUAAUAUCCGGACAGAGUGGUACACUGGAUUGCAGACCUCACAGUCUGAGAGCAGCGAACCUCCCACUCCACAUUAUAAUAGCUCUGUUCUGGGGGAUUUACUGCCCAGGGCUCACCUCCAGUUUCUCUCUGCUGUCAGCUCCCAGUGCUCGGCUUUUGCUGAUGGGGCUGCUUUGCUCAAAGUCUGGCUUCGUCAAAGAGAGCUCGACCAGGGCACUGGUUGUUUUAAUGGUUUCCUGGCUUCAAUGCUGUUGGCCUAUUUGCUGACCACUCACAGAAUCAGUAACACCAUGACAGCCUAUCAGCUGCUUCGAAACAGCUUGAACUUCCUGGCAUCUACAGACCUAACAAUGAAUGGGAUCAGCCUAGCCAAAGAUCCAGACUCUACAGCUCCAUCUGUUGCAGAGUUCCACAAUGCUUUCCAGGUGGUGUUUGUUGACCCCUCAGGACAUCUCAACAUGUGUGCUGACAUGACAGCUUGCACCUACAAACAGCUCCAGCAUGAGGCGUCUGUGUCGAUGCAGUUCUGGGACAACCCUACAGUGGAUGGGUUCCACAGCCUCCUCAUGACCCCCAAACCCAUGAUAAGGACAAGUGACCACGUAUUCCAAUUAUGUGAGCUGGGAAAGCUUCAGUCCAGCUGUAAGAAACUGAAUCUCCUCAGUGAGCUGAUGGACCACAGUGGGAAUUAUGUCCACACUGCACUGCCUUUUCUUCUGUCACUGCUUCAGCGAGGACUGGGCCAAAGGAUUCACCUCCUCACCCACUCCCUCUCUCCAGACCCUGAGUGGUCCGUGGACAGUGAAGCCCCAAAGCACAAAGCUCAAAGUCCUCUCUCCUUCGGUUUGCUCUUAAAGCCGGAGCUAGCAGCCUCUGUCCUGGAAAGAGGCCCACCUGCAGACAGCCCCAAGGCAGCUGAGUUUCGUCAGCUGUGGGGUUCUCGCUCCGAGCUGCGCCGCUUCCAGGACGGUGCCAUCACUGAAGCUGUCCUGUGGGAUGGAGAGAGCAUGUGCCAAAAACGUCUGGUCCCCAAACAGAUCAUCACACACCUGCUACAGCUACAUGCAGAUAUCCCCGAAUCCUGUAUGCGGUACGUGGGGGCGAUGGUGGAUGACGUCAUCAAGACGGGAAGUGAGAUGUCUAGUACUGGAGAGGAGGAGAGUUUACUGGUGGUUCAGUCUUAUGAUGACCUGAGUAGAAAACUGUGGAGGCUGGAAGGUCUGCCUCUCACCAUCACAGCAGUACAAGGAGCCCACCCUGCACUCAGAUACACACAGGUCUUUCCCCCUGUGCCACUGAAGCUGGACUAUUCCUUUUGUGAGAGAGAAAAAACGUCCAGAUCAUUGGUGCCAAAGGACGGAAAACCAUGCCCUGCUUAUAUCACCCCCAUCACAGUGAUCUGUCACAUGGAGGGGAGUGGAAAGUGGCCUCACGACCGCCUCGCCAUACGCCACAUCCGAACUGCCUUCCACAUCCGUGUGGGAGAGUUGCUCAAGAAGCACCAUAAUUAUACGUGCAGGCCCUGCCCCACACACCUAGAUGUCUGGAAGGAUGGCUUGGUGUUCCGCAUCCAGGUGGCAUAUCAUCGGGAGCCUCAGGUGCUGAGGGAGAGUGUGAAUGCAGAGGGCCUGCUGGUUGUAAGGGACAAUGAGGAGGCUCAAGCUCUGGAGAUGGCCACCAUUCACAAGCCUCUACUCACCAGCACAUUACAUGGGCUUCAGCAGGAGCACCCAUGUUUUGGGGCAGUGUGUCGCCUGGUCAAACGCUGGCUGGGGGCUCAGCUCUUCAGUGACGACAUUUCAGAGGAUACAGCAGACCUGCUGGUGGCGUCGGUUUUCCUGCAGCCUGCACCCUUCACUCCUCCUGGAUCUCCUCAGGUGGGCUUCCUUCGCUUCCUUCAUCUGCUCUCCUCCUUUGACUGGAGGAACAACCCACUGGUAGUCAACCUCAACAACCAGCUCACAGCUGCCGACUACACAGAAAUCAAGAAUGACUUCAUGGCCUCCAGGGAGUCUCUGCCUGUCAUGUUUAUAGCUACGCCUAAAGACAAAAAAGCAUCUAUGUGGACCAAGCGAGCACCUAGUGUACAGAUGCUGCAGCGUGUGGUGAUGGUGGCUGCAGAGAGUCUUAAAGUACUGGAACAUCAGCUGAUGGACGCGGGCCAGAUACAAGAUGUCAGGGUGGUCAUGCGCCCUCCUCUGGAUGCCUACGAUGUGUUGAUCCACCUGAACCCCAAGCAGGUUCCCCUUCUCGGCCAAGCAGUAGACCCUCCCGCCGUCAACUUCAGCAGGGGCGUCAUGACUGGUGGUGUGGCCAAGUCUGGAGGGGCCCUGCCUGUCAUCGACUACAACCCGGUGUCCUUCUACCUGACGGAGCUCAGAGAUGCGUUUGGAGACUUUGCCCUCUUCUUCUGUGAUCCCUAUGGUGGAACAGUGAUUGCAGUUUUAUGGAAACCAAAGGCCUUCAUCUCAAUGCCUUUUAAGACGUCACAGGUGUCUGCUCGGAGCGUGGAGGUGACUGGGGAGGACGUAAAUACUGUUCCCAAUGUUGAAGCGAUACUGGAGGACUUCCGGGUCAUGGGAGAGGGCUUAGUCAAAUCAGUGGAAGCCAGGACGGAAAAAUGGUCAUUUUAGACUACUCAGAUGUGUAUACACACAAAAACACACACACACAUACACACACAUCACUUUGACCAGAUACAUUAAUUUUAGUAUUUGAUAUUUUCACCAGUGAAUGUUUAUUGAUACAUUUAUUUUGUUUCUGCCCGACUUAUUAAAAACGGAAAAAGGUAAACAUGAAUGAAUUUUGGACAUCUUGUUAACAAAUAAUAUGUGUUAAUACUGUUGAUGUUGAAGACCAGCCACGUUUGUUUCGGUGAAGCUGUAUCAUGUCCAAUAAAUGCAUAUCUAAUCUUUUGAUUUGA